AAAAGCAGUAUUAACAAAUAAUAAAUUAAUUUCUAUAAAAUAUAAUUUAGUAAUAAAAAAUAAACGAAAACAUUAAAAAAAGGAAAAAUAAUUUAAAAGCACCCAUAAUAGUAUAAAAAUAUAAAAAGCAUUUUAUUUUUUUCAUAAAAAUAAAUUAUUAAAACUUUGAAAUAAAUAAAUAAUCAUAUCAAUAAAAUAAAAACAAAAAAUCAAUUUAAAAAUAAAAAUUGAAAUAAUAAAAAUGUAAUAAACAUCGUAUAUAUCAAGUGAUACCAAAAAGAUAAUUGAAGAAAUAGAAAUGAUGAGACAAAUAAAAAAAAAUAAAACAGUAUAAAAUUUAGCAGAUAUUAAUUAAAACUCUUAAUAAGUACAUUAGAAAAGCAACAUAACUGAAUAAUAAAAAACAACAUUUGAAAUAGAUUAAUUGCUAUAAAAGAAUAAUGAAUAAAAACAAACAAAAGAAUUAUAAUAACUAUAACAAUUAUAAUUAAAUUAAUAUUUUAGUAAUAAUGAAGCAUAAAACUAACAUUAAUCUGGCUUUAAGUCUCUAAAUAAUUCAAUAAAUAAUGGAAAAAUAUAAAAAAAUCAGAAUGCAAGUAAUAAUAAUGAACUGAAUAUCCAAAAAAAUUAAAAAGAUACUGGAGUAUUAUAAAAUAAUUCUUUUAGAGCUGUAUCAGCUUAAGCAUAGGAUAUAUUAUAAUAAACAAAGCUAUAUAGUAUAUAAAAAUAAUAAAAUACACUAGAAGGAACAGAAAACUAAAAAUUUAAUUAAUAUUUAUUACAACCAAUUUAAAAAACUAUAGAAAAGAUAAAAAGUAUUAAUGCUAUUUCAAGUUUAAACUAAAGUCCUUCAAAACAUUAUGUUUCUGUUUAAGGCAAAGAAACCUACAAUAGUGAUCAUUUUAACCAAAAAAGUAAUUAUAGAUACUAAUCUCCAUUCCAAAAUGAAAAAGUGGAAUAAAUUUUAAAUUAAUUUUAGAAAUCAAAAACUUUUCAAAAUAAUGAAAGUAAAAAUUAUAUAUUAUUUAAAUAAUCAUUACAAUAAUUUCCAACUAAUGGAAAUAACUCUACAAAAACUAAUAAUAUAAAUGAAAAAAAUGCAUAUAAUCAUAUAGAUAAAAAUUUAUAUAGCACAGAUAAAAAUGCAUAUAAAUCUGAAAAAAAUAUAUUUAAUAGUGAUAAAUAGUAUGAUAUAAAUAAUAAUAAUAAUAUUACAAUAGAUAGUAAUAAUUAAUAACUAAAUAUUAUAAAUAAUAGCAGCUAAUUUUAUUUAUUGACACAAAAUCAAUCAAAUUUAAAAAAUAAUACUAUAUUUUCUAAUAGCUAAUUAAUUUUUACAAACAAUAAAUAAAAUCCUGUCUAAAAAUUAGAAUAAUAAGAGGAUAGUAUUUGCUCUUCCGAAAGUAUUGUAGAAGAAAGAGCUUAUUAAUUAAAUAGAUAAGCUUCAAUUGUAGAAAUUAAAAUAUCUACAUAUGGAUUAAAAAAUAUUUAAAUAAUCAAAAGUAUUGGGUAAGGUAAACAUUCUACAGUAUUUAUUGCUUAAGAUAAAUUAUCAGGAUUCAUUUUUGCAAUCAAAAGACUCAACAAAAGUGAAAUUAUUGAAUAAGAAAUGGAAGAAUAAUUAAGCCAUGAAAUUAAAACUUAAAUGUCGUGCAAUCAUCCUAAUAUAGUAAGAUUGUAUGGAUAUUUUGAUGAUCCAUCUUAUUUUUACUUACUUAUGGAGUAUUUAUAGGGAUAAUAACUAAGUUCAUUGCUUAGUGAUUAAAAUAAUGGAGUUUUUGAUGAAGGCGAGGCUGGAUUUUAUUUAUAUUAAGUAGCUUCUGCAUUAAAUUAUUUACAUAAAAAAAAUAUUAUCCAUAGAGAUAUUAAAGCAGAUAAUAUAAUUGUUUCAAAUGGAAUCGCGAAACUAGCUGAUUUUGGAUAUUCAAGACUUUGUAGCUAAUAAAAUACAAGAAAUACAUUUUGUGGAACUUUAGAUUAUUUAAGUCCAGAAAUAGUUAAUGGAGAAAAUUAUAAUUAUUCAGUUGAUGUUUGGGCUUUUGGAGUUCUAGCUUAUUAAUUGCUGCAAGGAAUUGCUCCAUUUUAUGAAGAUAGCCAAGAUGAAACUCUUAAUAAAAUUUAAAGGGGAAAAUUUGUGUUUUAAAAACAAAUAAGCAUAAGUGCUUAAAAAUUUAUUAAAAAUUUGUUAAAUACAAACUGUUAAAAUAGACUUACGGUUUCAGAAAUUAUGUAAUAAUAAUGGAUUAUUAAUUAGGUUAGUUAAUUUGAAAAAAAAAUUUAAAAUGAUGAAAUUAAUUAAUAAAUAUUGGUUAAUUUUUAAAAAACUUUAGGAAGAUGAUAUCAAAAUUAUUUAGAUACAUACAAUGUUUUAAAAUUAAAAAAUA